AGGCCUCAUCUCAUCUCCAGUGAACUUCACACCAAUGGCUGAUUCAGACAGCACAUCUACAUCUGAUCGAAAGCUGCACUGCCCACAUACACCCGUCUCUCUUUCAUUACCUUUCCUGAGGGAAGGCAGUAAUGUCUUGGAGAGGAAACCGCAUCAGACAGGGGAACCUCUUAGCCCACUGCCAACCAAACGCACACGCACCUAUUCAGCAUCGGUGAGAGCCAAAUCUGGACCCGUCUUCAAGGGCAUUUGCAAGAACUUCUCCAGGUCACAAGGUCACGGAUUCAUUCACCCCUCCCAUGGAGGAGAAGACAUAUUUGUUCACAUCUCAGAUAUUGAGGGUGAAUAUGUGCCUAUGGAGGGGGAUGAGGUGACUUACAAAGUGUGUCCUGUUCCUCCCAAGAACAUAAAGUUCCAAGCUGUUGAUGUGGUGAUCACCAACCUUUCUUCCGGAAGGAAGCAUGAGACCUGGUCUGGGCAAGUUAUCAGCUCCUAGCUCACACAUUCAAGCCCAAUAGAGGAAUAAACAGAUAAAGGAAGGGAUUUAACUCACGGUGCUCAUGCUGGUGUAAAAUGGUGUUGUGUGUAAGUAGGAUAGUGAUGGAAUAGUAAUUAGGGUUAUGCAACUGUUGUUUUCUCCAGCCUGGCAAAUAAGCAACAGGAAGUUGGUCAGAGGUCUGUUUGGAAAAUGGUUUGGGAUGCAAGUCAGCUGAGCUUUGAUAUAGCAUUGCCAGAACAUAACAUAACAUAACUGUGAGCAGCAGUGUUUGCCCUUGUUUGAAUAUUUGUCAUUUAUAUGUACUUAAUUAUGUAUUUAUUUUUAUUUUAUGUACAGAGGCAUUUGAUUUCAUUGUGCUGAGUAUGUUUAAGUCAUUUAUGUAAAACGGAUUUCCUAAAAUAAAUUAAUACACAUCAAUGAAAA